GCGGAUGCCCUGAAACGAUUAUUUAGCGCAUUCAACCGCUUCUCAAAAAACAAUAACAACAACAACAGCAAACUAACAAGCAAACGAAUACAGUCUUGUCGUGCCACACCACCGUCUUCUCUAUUUUUCCCCUUUAUCUUCCCCCUUUGAGUGACCCUCACACGCAGAUCUCUUUCUCUCUACUUAUACACACUAUCGUACGAGCAACCAGUGUUCCGGCUUGCCAACCCGACCCCAGGCAAAGAGCGCACCUCUUCCUCGCUGGGUGUGCACGUUUACGCACGUCAGCCCGGUCGUUUCUGGCGUUUUCUUUUUGGCGAGGAAAGGCAUCCGUGCACCGCCUCGCAAGCUUCGACUCAGCUGUACGAAAGAGCUACGUUUUUGUUCUUCCUCGUUUAAAGCGAAAACUCCAGUAAAUAUAUAUUUAUUUAUAUAGAGGAAGAGAUGUCGUCCAGCGAUUCUCUUCGGCAACUCCGCGAGGAGCAGCGGCGCCGCUUCGAGUCUGCCAAAAAGUCGGGGCAUCUGCCGGGAAUCAAGAGAUGCGCCGCCUGCCACGAACCAACGUACAGUGCGGCGGUGUGCCCCGUCUCGGGCCACUAUCACGACCUCGAUAAAAAGAGACUGGUUGGCGGCAGCGUUGUGAACACGAAUAUCAUCUCCUCCGCUACGCUCAUGGCGGCCAUUGACCAGACGCGCGUCAAGUGGGUGCCGAGCCGCACGCAGCUGGUGAAGGUGGACGCGCAGUCCAUCAACAUUUUCCAAAGCUUCUCGGCACAGAUGGAGUGGCACCUGCAGCGCUACGGCAUCUUGUACGGCACCUACGACAGCGCCGCGCAAACAGUCGAGGUGCACGCCGUCUACGAGCCGGAGCAGCACGGCAACGCGUACACCUUUGAGGCCAUCCCCGACCCCUACGUCGAUAAGGUGGAUCACAUGGCGAAGGAGCUGGGUUUGCGUCGGGUCGGUGUCGCGUGCACCCACAGCGUCCGAGACACGGACGAGGUGCUGCUGGACUUUAGAGAACUGCUGCUGUGCGCCAAGGAGCAGUCUCGCUUCGGCGACGAGUGCGUGCUACUGACGGUGGGACCGAGCGCGACGCCCUCGACGGCGGAGACGGAGAAGAUGACGAGCGCCCCUGGGGAGUCGCCGCCCUCGACAGGGCUGGCGAGCGGCAGCGCCAGCAAUGCGAACGAGCCCGCCUUUGUCGUCUCUUGUCAGGCGUGGCAGACCUCGCCGCAGUGUGUGCAGCUGUACCGCCUGGGCGUGCUGCAGGAGGCCCCGGCCGGAGAGGCGGCACUGCAGACGGUGGAGCAGUCCCGCAACGUGUACUCGACGAUGCCGCUGGAGGUGGCGCAGACGGACACGGACCCGAAUGGGCAUCAGCGCUUCGUCACGAAGGCGCCCAGCACAGAGGUCGACACGCGCUGGUUCACGAGCUACAUCGCCGUGCAGCAGUUUGAGUCGCCGGUCGUGCGUGGGGCGUUCAUGCGGCUUUCCCGCCCUGGGAUGCCGCCGCCGGCUCUGCAGAAUCUGCGCAACUACCUGAACGAUCCGAGGCGCAAGGGUGUGUCGUUUGCUGAGUCUGUCGCUGACUUCCACGUGUUGGUGUACUUGCUAACGCAGAUCUUUACGUCGGAGGAGGACCUGCAUGCGUUGUGCGCCGUGGCGAAAUCAAAGCAGAUGAGCGAGGUAGCGAGAAACUAUGAAGCCAUCUUGAAGGCAAUGAUGUCAGCGCAGUGA